AUGGAACCAAAUGAAAUAUCACCAAAUACGGUUGUGGAUGAACGUCGUGAACGAAUGUUAACAAAUUUAUUGCGUCGUGAAGAAGAACGUAGAACAACUGAACAAGUGAACAAAGAAGAAAGAAAACAGAUAACGUCAACAGAUGCGGGUAGAAAAAAUUUUGAUGUUCAAUAUCCAGAAAUGAAAAAUACGUUAGAAAAAAUGUUAGAAAAAAUUUGUUUGUCAAAUGAAAAGAAUAAUGAUCAAUCAACCACAACUAACGAAACACAGAAAGAAUUUCAAGAUAUAGCGGAUAAAAUACAAAAAAUGGAAAAAUUCAUAAAUGAACACGUUGAUAUAUUACGUGUUCGAGACGUUGCUAAUGCACAAUCAGAUGUAGUGAAAUAUCGUGAACAAUUAAAUUCAUUACGUGAUCGUACGUUAACCAAUAAAAAAUUCGAUUUCACAACAAAUCGUCCAUCAGCAGACUCUCCUUUAUCAUCGCCAAAAGAAAAUGGAACAACAAAAUUUUUAAAUGGUGGUUUGAAAACAUUGGAUACAGUCGAUCCUAGUGCUGACUCAAGUAAAACAACAACAAUCACAUCGGUAAACACUGUCAAUAUAUCGAAUAAACAUGGUGAAUUCUUAAGAUAUGAAAAUGAUGAUCUAAAUGGAAAAGAUGUUGCUAUUGAAAAUUUAGAUGAAUGUGAAAUAUUUUUGAAAGGUUCUCCAUCAUCGUUACAAAUAAAAAAUUUAAAAUCGUGUAUACUAAUUGUCGGUCCAUGUUCACGAUCGAUUUUAAUAGAACAAUGUAAACAAUGUGAAUUUGCUUUUGCAUGUCAACAAUUACGUAUACAUACAACGCAGGAAUGUGAUUUUUAUGUACACAUAACAGCUAAAGCUAUUAUUGAAAAUUGUUCAUCGUGUCGUUUUGCACCCUAUAAUGUUUAUUAUGAAAAUAAACAAAGUGAUGUAAAAAAAAGUGGUCUUAUAUGGGAUAGAGAUUAUUGGAAUGAUGUUGUCGAUUUUAAUUGGUUAACACCUGGAAUACAAUCUCCAAAUUGGGAAACUAUUAUUGAAGACGAAAGAAAAGAAUGGUCAUUAGAUGCGACAUCUUAA